UGUUGUUGUUAAGUUAAUAAUUAAGUUGUUGUUAUAUAUUAAAUUGAAUACAAUGUAGAGAAAAAAAAGAGUUACAAAAGAGUAACAUAAGUUAGAACAAACAAAACGUUCGACAGUUAAAGAUGUUAAGCAUGUAAAACUAUCCAAGUUUUGAAAUCGGAUCUAAAGGAAUAAUACAAGGAAUAAUUGUACAAAGGGAUAAUACAAUUCAUCUAAGGUGAUAAAAUAAAAUAAUAUAAAGCCGGCACGAUGCCGAAGCAAGUGCCGGUUGAGAAUUUAGUGAUACCACCGCAAGACGGUCGGAUCUGCGGUACAAUUUGUAUAUGUCAAAUGACAGCAGUUUUAUCAUCGGUAGCAUUGGUUUAUUUGACAGUUGCCAUAUAUAUGCCAAGUACGCGUGCAUUUCAAUCGGGUAUUAGCGAGGUACCAGCAAUGUGUACGACGAUACGUGCGGUAAAUGCUGACAAUUGCGAAUGGGGUAGUUGCGGCGAAUGGUGUUUGUCCAAAACGUCAGGUCCUUGCGUACAAAUUCACGUUAAUUUACGUCGUAACGGUUCUACGAUAUUAUUGGCAAAUUGUACAAAUACAACGAACAAAACUUGUUACGGGAUAGAUCAGGAAAAUGCGAAAAAAUCAAAGUGCAUAAUAGACGAGUGUCGGAAUUUAACCGGUACGUUUAAUUGUUCGGCAGGUACGUGUAUAAACAUAACCGAUGCAUUCGAGUGUAUGUUUCACGAUACCGAUCCACCGUUAAAGUGUUCCGGUAGACGUGGUAAAAUAACGUGCAUCGAUAUAGACGGUUUGUUCAAUUGCAAUCGUGGUACCUGCGAACGUAUCAGAACACCGUAUAAUUGUGACAGACGUUGCGUAGAUAUACCAACUAGAAAUAAAAAUAUGAUAUUAUUGAGCGGCGACAAAGUAUAUUUGAGUCAAUGUGAAAGAGCGAUCGACGUUGAAACCAAUCGUGAAAUUUGGCACGAGGAUCGUGGUGACGUCAUGAUGGCAUCCUGUUACGGUAUAUUUAAUUCAACCCUUGGCGUGGAAGCUGUCGAUUGUAUCAACGGUUCGGUAUUGGAAAAGGAUCUUUUAACGGAUUUAACUAAUUUCACUUAUCUAUCAUAUUUAAAUAUAUUUGCCACUAAACCAUUGGACGAAUCAAGAAUGGUAGCCCCACCUGAACAAGAUUUAAUAAUAGCCAAUGAGAGUAGAUUACUGAUCAAUCUCGAAGGAUGCGUUAAUACGCUUCGCGACGAGUGCAAAGAAUUUUUACACGAAUAUGGAAAAGAUGGUUCUGAUCAUAAUGCAAGGGCUAGAUUUCCUUGUUAUUAUGCCGAGGGUAACACCGGUAUCGUUGUUUCACGUUUCGAUCUUGAAACAACUUAUAAAGAAUUUAUGAUUGCAUUUAUAUUACCGAGCAUAUUGUUCAUCGUAAGUUGUCUCACGCUGAUCUUUUGUCAGCGUACAGUUGUAGUAGGUGACGACGCGAGGAUGAGAUUCAAAGGUACACCUGGUGCACUAGCAUCGAUAGAAAAAAGCGCCUCGGGCAACGUAGGGGAUGCCGGCGGAGGAGAUUCCGUCAUGGCGCUCUGAGAUCCGUCACGCAUUCCCCUCCUGGAGGAGAGUCCGGCUCGUCAGUCGAUAUUCUCCCUGCGCGGGCACUAUUGAAGUGUGGGGAGGGGGGGAACGCGUGGUUCUAAAUAAUUGUCAUCUCGAAAAAAAAUUUACAUUUUACGAAAUAAAAAGAAAGAAAGAAAGAAAAAAAAAUAUUUACAAGAAAAUAA